CACCUAAAUCCGACUUCAUUACUGUUCGUUUUGGUUUUCGGCGAUGACUGACAGGCCAAGAAGAUCCUGAAUCUCUCGAAAAUGUCUUGUGUGUGACGAUCACGUUUUUUAUAUGUAUGAAUAUUGCCAGAUGCCCGUAUCGGAGCUUCGUGGGCUGCUCGUGUGCUACAACUAAGUAGUAUUACUGUAAGAUGCAGGUGAUUCAGCAUCCAGUGGAGAAACUGCAAAAUGCUCUAGUGUCCAGUCGUAGGGACCUGGUGGAAUGCUUCCAGAAAUACAGCCAUAACGAAAGACGGCUGAUGGAAGAAGGUCUGCAUCCUGACAGUCCUCUCUUCGGUCCCAUCACCAUACACUCUGACUCCGACUGGAUCUCCUCCCAUCCGGAGACACCCCAGGACUUCCAGAGCUUCUACAGUGACCCUUAUCGCAGCACUCCCAUCAAAAGCCGAAACACCAUUUAUAUACAGACCAUCGGCUCGUUUGGGGAGUCUGAGGGCCUGACGGUGCAGUAUGUGCAGUGGCUGUGUGAAUACUGCCAGGCUUUCUACCUCGGCCUGACAGUGAAGCUCCUGGACCCCGUGAGCGUGUCCGACACACACUGCGCCUUCAGGAUCAACAGCAACACGCACAAUCUGCAAAUACAUGCCGGUGAUUUGUUGAAUUUUCUGAAAAAGAAAAAGCCUAAGGACGCCUUUUGCAUUGUGGGGAUCACGAUGAUUGACCUGUAUCCCAAAGACUCAUGGAACUUUGUGUUUGGCCAGGCGUCUCUCACUGAAGGCAUGGGCGUUUUCAGUUUCGCCCGGUAUGAUGACAACUUCUACAGCACUGGCUACAAAGGCCGGUUGCAAAAAGGAAAGAGGCUGAGGCAAGGAGAUUAUACCGUGUUUACAGGAUAUUACACACCUCCUAUCAGCAGCACAUUGCUACUCAGGUCCUGCAAGACUCUAACGCAUGAGAUCGGCCACAUCUUUGGCAUUAAGCACUGCCAGUGGCUGCAGUGUGUGAUGCAGGGCUCCAACCACCUGGAGGAGUCCGACCGCAGGCCUCCAGAGCUCUGCCCAAUAUGCCUGCGGAAGCUGCAGUCCGUUCUUGGCUUCAAGAUCGCCGACCGGUACAAGGCUUUGCUGCAGUGGAUGGAGCAGGGCUUAGCCAGUGAACAGCACACAGCUUCCAGCCCCUCGGGGAAUAUGGUCAGACCCAUGCAGGCUUUCGAGGACCACAGACGGUGGCUGCAGAGGUGCCUGAGUGUGCUGGAGGGUGAAAUAUUUUAGCUCUGUGUCCAAAAUCACAUUGGAUCUACAGUUAUUUUUGUCUUGAAAGAAUGACUGUGUGUUUAUGAACACGGGAACGCUUGUGUGUGUAAGAAAGUAUGACAUGCAUCUACAUCAUUCCAGAGUCACGCUGACAGCUUAACAUAAAAUAUCUUAGACAGAUUUAUAAAAGAGCCUCUUCAUUAUCAAUAGAGACUAAAUGGCCCACUUACCUUCCUUUUGAUGUAAGUGAAAUAACAUAGAAACAUGUGCAAACAUUUCUUUCAACCCCGCAACCCUAUAAAUCCAGCAUACGCACUUGAAAAUCAAUGGAUAUUUUUUUAUUAAAUUUGUAACACUGCAGCAUUUUCCAGGUGUAAUGAGCAGCAUAAUAAAAAAACAAUACAACUGGCCAUUGACAUAUGAAAAAUAGGAAUAUAUAAAAAAAAUAAUUCUUAUAACGCACACCAAAAAAUUGAAUCACAGAAAAAUUUUCAAGUAAUUUAUGCUUCAGUUGCAUUUCUGAUAGACAGCAUGAGUGAUUCUGAUGCUUAGAGAUUAAGGAAGUAAAAGUGCAGGCCCGGUGUGGGGAGCCUCUCACUGUACAGUGCAGGGUUGUGUUUAAGCCAGUUUGCUGUGCAGUUUGCCAGCCGUGCGAGAGUAAAAGCUACAGCCGAAUGACUGCCAAGUGGAAGAAGUGUGAGCCAGAGAGGCGGAGUUAGCAAGCCAAUGGGGCGACCCGCUCAGCACUACGAGUUCCUACGCAUACAGCAAGCUUUACAAUAUUAAUCAAUUUAAACACAUUUAAAUGUAUAAACCUGAACUAAAAAAUGUUAUUUUCUGUUGAUUGUAGUGCAUCUAGUGUAUCCUAGGCUGUAACACAUUGGGCUCAAUUUUGCCAAUCUAAUGCAAAGCGUAAAGCGCAAGGGGCAACUAACAUUCAUGGGCCUGUCUAAAUACAUUUUGCUAUUUUGACGACGGAAAAAACAGACUUUGCGCCAGCGCAAGGCGAACAGAGGUUGUCCGAACUCUUAAUUAUUCGGAGGCGUGUUUCGUGCCGUAACGUGCAAUUUACCAAUUGCAAUGACGCGUCACCUCACCUUUAAAUGGCAGCGCCGCAUGAUCUAUGGCGGAUUGCUAUUAAAACGGCGCGUCUACGCCGUUAAAACAGAUCAGUUUUCA